GAACAACUCUUUCAGAUCAGUCCUUUUCGCAUUCAAUAUUUUCGACUCGUCUGUACUGACACCAAAUCUUGAGUGCUGGUUUCUUACUAGAGCCUCUCUCAAAUACGCCCGCCUCACCAUUGUUACGCAGCGCUGUGUGACUGGCUCUCUAUUAUGUUCCGUCACAGUCAACUGAUAUCAGAGAGGAAAUUUGGGUUGGGUCUGCCGGAUGGCUGACCAGCGUACCGACUCAUCAUCGUUUGGCCACCCAGGACGUCUGACAUAUUUUCCGUACGGAUUACCGAAGGCGGAAGAAUGCGGUUGGCAAACUGCUCGAAAUCAUGAUCCCGAAGCUCCAAGGUUCCAAGAGAUUGGUCCUAGUCAGGAAUGGUUCCCAGUGUCUCGCAGCCUCAGUUCUUCCACAACGAACGAAACCUGGCGGAGUACCCAGAGACAGAGUGUAUGGCUACUAAAAAACCACCCAGUGGCGGCCCUGGGCAACGGCGUGCUCGGGGAAGCACUGUCUCUAGCCAAUUUGUCAUGCCGCCCUAAUCAAAGCACGCCUUGGCAACGGUCGCAGCUUGCCGUCGGUGAAAUGGCCGACACUAGUAAUCCACAAAAGACCGGUACGGCGUCCCUUGUCGCCAUGGCAGCUGGUCCAGCCGGCGACGUUUUACGGCUGGUGAGACCGACGACAGAAUAUUGGAAAUGGGACAACGACGAAAGCGUAGCACUUCGACUCUCUGGCCAUGAAAGCAUCCAGCAAACCCUUUGGACGAAAGACAUCGGCACUAUCCGGCAGAUAUCAGCUGUCGUUAACACGAAGAGAUUCGAGCCGGUGCGCUGGUUGGUGGUUCAGCGAGACUGGGGAACCUCGGUCUUUCAACCAGAAUACCAAAAGGCUCCAGUCGUAUCCGAAUCCGUUCCAGCUGCAGGUUCUCGAGAGCCUUCUCGUAUUGCACCAAACCCGCUGUUCACUCUGUUGAGGAAGCAUACUGGAUGUGAUUUUCACUCUGAUGCAUCUUUCAACCCGAGUAUAAGAUCGAAACCAUCACAGCUUGCCAUCAUCGAUGAAGGGGGCAAUUGGACAAUUUGGGACAUUACUCGGAUUCGAAGCAAAGCUUCCAAUCGGCCGCAACUGCGUCUACAUAAAUACGGGUCUAUUCAAAAGGGCCUCAGGGAGCAACUGUCUCACAAACCCGCAACGGAUCCCCAGUCGCAUAGAAUUCUUUGGGUUGGGUCUUCUGCCGCUAGUCAUGAUGACUGGUAUGACUCCGACGAUGAGGACGAUGCCGAAUCCCAGUUCAACCCUGCAUUCCCACCACUACAACGAAGCUCAACUUUACUCUUGUGCAAUUCUAAAGCUGUUCGGUUAUUCGAUCUUGACACUGACUCUUUCUUGCCCGACCUAGAGUUCAUCCCUGAGGGCAGUGUCGAGACCAUUCUUGAUGUUCAAAUCAAUGUUCAGGACCCGCGAUAUGUGUUUGUCGCAACGACGUCCAAAGUUUGUGUGAUGGGAAUUCUAUCCUCGAGUGACCCAACGCUCGAGAAAGGAGAAAAGAGAGCACUUGUCUUGCAUUCCUUUCCACACAUGCGGGAUAGUUAUGACCAGAAUCUGAAGCUUUCUGUCACCUCUGGACCUCGCCACUCAUCUGAUCACCGGUUAUCUCUUGUGUUUAUGUACUCUGAGGGAAGCAGUUGGUUCGACAUAUUUUAUUUCAGCAUGUCCAAGAAAAGACCAGACCAGGUCAGCUGCUACCGUGAUACCAUGGUAUCCGAGGGGGUCUCAAACGCUGGCACGGGUCGGAGUCUACAGAAACUUCAUAUAAUUCCUACCGCUGUCACAGCACAGCGUGAACAAGUACCGACUGCGGGUGCCCGCCUGCUCACAGAUCAAAGAGUGCGGUACUAUCAAAUGUUCUCACUUGGAAUUGAUUUGAGCUUGAGCUGUUCCCUAGGUGCCUGCUUGAGCCAGGAUUGGAAUCAGACGUUGAUUCCAAAUAGAAAGGUCGCUAAAAAAUUGAACGAGUCGGAGCGGCGGAAGCUGAUUCGCUACCUUGGUUCUCGCUUCGUCGUCCCGGAUCAGUUUGCAGGAUUCUAUAAUGGAAGCAAUGUCACUAACCCGAAAUGUGGUCACAUUCCCCGUACAACAUUUGGUCAAUCGCAUCGAAGACUCAUUCGUGGAGUGUACGAACAUCUUCAAAACAUAUCCGAGGAAGCAGCUGGCAGAAUUGAAGGGACGCCCCUAGAUAUGGAAAUAUUUGGUGCAGCUCCUUUUGAUCCUGUGUAUGUCACAGUUGAGACGGCACUAGAAACAGGAAUCUUGCCAUCGAAGACCUUGUGUGAAAUUAUGCACAACUUGAAAGUUCCACGAGAUAUGGAUGCGGCUACAUUCGAGUGGCAGGAGGAGAUCGACCGAUUGGAGCCAAUUGAUCCAGCGCUCAAAGUCAUGAGUCUGGCUGGUCCUCGACGAGGUGGCCCAGAAAGCUCGUCUCUAUAUGACAUAUUCACCAGAUUGCUAGACGUCGUUUCGGAUGCCAUGCAAUCUGCUGUUGUUUCAGAGUUGCAUAAAGAGGUAAUAGCUUCAAUCACCCGCCGAAUCGCGUGCGAACUUUACCUAUCUCGAUUCAGCAUGAUGUUCAGGCCAAUGGACUUGUUUAGGUCUCGGCUACCUGAGUCUCUCAACAUUGGCUCUCCAACGAACUUUUCUGACGCUAUGCUCAUUGACAGCCAACCUGGCAGCCAGCCUUCGUCGCCUGCGUCCUCCACAUUCUCUGGGGUAACGAAGUCAGAACCCGCUGAAGAUGUAGAAGAUCGGUCACUUGCUCUGAUCAGGGUAUACACCGGCUCUGGGACGUCUGUAACUGCGAAGAAAUCGGAGUUGUUGUCUACGUGGAUAGAAGGAGAUGACCCUGCCAAAUAUGUCUUCAGCCUUGACAAGAGCGCAGAAGUUACGCCAGGCAUACAGAGAAGGGCCAAACAGCAGGCACGGGAAGCUAAGAAGCGAAAACGGGUGGAGUCAAUUCGCAAACGCCUCGAAGAACGGGACCUGAAUCAUGUGUCAUCAACUCAGCCUGCAGUGUCGAACCGCUUCAGCCAGGUAAGCCAGCCGCUCAAUGAGUUCUCACAGCCGUGGAUCGGGCCACAAAUCGCCAUGUCUCAACCUACUGCAGGAGCAUUUGGAAGUAGGUCGCUUCUAGAUCGGCCGAACAAAAGGGUGAAACGCAAGGGGGGGUUCCGAUAGCUGGGCGUAGUUGCUCACGGUUGUGGUUUAUCGGGAGGUAGGAGAGAAUCCGGGGAGCAGCUGGUUGGAGUGGGCGUGGCGUUUGUGGGCACCAAGGUGUGCGGCCUAUUCGAAAUAAGUUUCAGAUAUAAUCGAUAUAUUGUAGAACGCAUAUGUUCAGCUGAGGUCAUGCUCAUGAUAUCCUCGUAAUUCUAG